AUGGUUAACAUGUCAAAGGACUCAGACUACACCUGCUCCUAUGGGAUGAAGUUAACCUGGGAUAUCAAUGAUCCCAAGUUACCACAGGAGCCCAAGCACUUUGAUUCCUUCCAGGAGUGGCCUGACGGCUAUUUGCGGCUCAUCUACUCCAACGAGGAUAAAAACGCACAGCGCCACCUCAGCGGGUGGGCCAUGCGCAACACCAACAACCACAACUGCCAGAUCCUCAAGAAGUCCUGCCUUGGUGUGGUGGCAUGUGCCGGGGACUGCACCCUGUUGGAUGGGGCCAAGCUGCAGCUCCGACCUGCCAUAUGCGACAAGGCUCGCCAGAAGCAGCAAAAAAAACUUUGUCCAAACUGCAAUUCAGCUCUUGAAUUAAUUCCUUGCCGGGGGCACAGCGGCUACCCAGUAACUAACUUCUGGAGACAUGAAGGCAAGGCAAUAUUUUUCCAGGCCAAGGGAAUACAUGACCACCCUAGACCAGAGAGUAAAUCAGAAACAGAGAUCAGAAGAAGUGCCCUUAAAAAGCAAACACCACCUUCUCAUUCAUCUCAGAAAAAAAGGCUUCUGGAUUUUCAGACAGGAAUGUGUUUUGAGAACAGCAGUCACUUUCAUUAUAUUCAUCAUCUGGGAUGUGAAGAAGGAUCAGAAAAAAUCAACAUAAUUACAGACACCGGCUUGCCGCUCCUAGCUCAGCCUCACCAUUUAUUUCAAAAUAUAGAACCUUACAACAUUACCUAUGAUGCAGCCAGCUUUCAAGAGGAUGUGUUAUCACCACUUCAGAAACGCCCAAGCCCCAAAAUCUAUACAUCUAAACCAACUUGUGGCUAUGAAUGCUCAUUUCCUGGUUACAUCAGUUCCAGUCUGUAUGCAUUUCACAAAGAUCCAAUGGAUAUUCCAGGGGAUGCUGACCAUGUUGUGUUGAAUGGACUUCAGUACCAUGUAAAUUCACUAAAUGCCCAUGAAAAGAACUUUGAUGGCACCCAUAAACAUCAUGGGCUAAAACAGGCCUUAGCUGAAACUAACUACGGAGAAAGGAUAGGCGAUGAAUCAAGUCAAGUCAAUGUUAAUCAUCCCCAUUACUGUGAAGAAUAUGCUUGCAGAUACAGCAGUCAUUCCUCUUUGGAAGGCCCGCCUUUGCAAACUGUUAUAACCACAACUACCAAGAUGUCCCUUGAAGCCUACAAGCCUCCUGUGAAGUACGAUGACAGUUUAUAUGAUCCAAAAGAUCUUAUGAGUUGUUCCUUGGCAGAAAGCAUUUCAGGGAAUGUCUGUCGAGAGAUAAGCCUUCAAGACGACUGGGGAAUGGGCAAACCAAAUGAGAUUGGUGAGCAUUUUCUGACAAUUGAUAAGGAGGAGGAUAUAGCAUCAGUGAAUAAAUGCCAGGAUAGUGCUGAUGCAGGAAAAGUUUAUACUGGAUAUGAAGGACAAACAUUCCAAUUUGAGAAUACUGAAUACUAA